UACAAGCAUAUGGCAGCGUUUGUAUGUACGGGUGUGACAUUGUAAGGCUCCAAACAGUUACGUCUAGGUUUAAUUGACAAUUUGAAACCAAUCAAACGCUUUGUUACGGUUUAAUAAAUUACCACUUCGCCUUUACCUCUUCAGCUGCUCUGUUAGCUGGUGAGUGAGCUAGCUAGCAGCUAGCCUCAGCAGCUGGUAGCCAUGGCUGCAGUUAUUCUGAGUUUCUCAACUCUGCAGGGUCUGAGGAUGUUUACACAAAAACUGUCAUGGACCAAGAGAGGGGUGAGGCUGGUUUCAGGAGGGGUGGGGAGGAUAGAGAAGGUGCUGAUUGCCAAUCGAGGAGAGAUUGCGUGUCGUGUGAUGCGCACAGCCAAGAAAAUGGGAGUCCGCUCUGUGGCCGUAUACAGUGAUGCAGACAAAAACUCCAUGCAUGUGGCCAUGGCGGAUGAAGCCUACCACAUCGGCCCUCCUCCCUCACAGCAGAGUUACCUCUCAAUGGAGAAAGUUUUGGAGGUGGCCAAGAAGUCUGGAUCACAUGCGGUCCACCCUGGUUAUGGCUUUCUGUCAGAAAACACAGAGUUUGCUGAAGCGUGUAAACAGGAAGGCAUCAUCUUUAUCGGGCCGCCUUCCUCUGCCAUCAGAGACAUGGGCAUCAAAAGCACAUCCAAACACAUCAUGUCAGCUGCAGGGGUGCCAAUCAUUGGUGGUUACCAUGGAGAGGACCAAUCAAAUGAGAGGCUUCAAGCUGAGGCUGUUAAGAUAGGGUACCCUGUGAUGAUUAAGGCAGUCCGUGGAGGAGGAGGGAAGGGGAUGCGUAUUGCACGGUCAGACUCAGACUUCUUGGAGCAGUUGGAGUCGGCGAGACGGGAAGCCAGAAAAUCCUUCAAUGAUGAUGUCAUGCUGGUUGAGAAGUUUGUAGAGGAUCCCAGGCAUGUGGAGGUUCAGGUGUUCGGGGACAUGCACGGUAAUGCUGUCUAUCUGUUUGAGAGAGACUGCAGCGUCCAAAGGAGACAUCAGAAAAUCAUUGAGGAAGCACCAGGGCCUGAUAUUAGUCCUGAGGUUCGGCGGAAACUUGGAGAGGCAGCAGUCAGAGCAGCGAAGGCUGUCAACUAUGUCGGGGCAGGUACGGUGGAGUUUAUAAUGGACGCCCAGCAUAACUUUUACUUCAUGGAGAUGAACACCAGGCUGCAGGUGGAGCAUCCUGUUUCUGAGAUGAUCACUGGAACUGACCUGGUGGAGUGGCAGCUCAGGGUGGCAGCAGGGGAGCGCCUGCCUCUCCUCCAGGAUGACAUCAUUCUAAGGGGACACUCUUUUGAGGCUCGUAUCUACGCUGAGGACCCAAAUAACGACUUCCUUCCAGGGGCGGGGCCUCUACUGCAUCUCUCCACCCCUUCAGCAGACCAACACACGCGCAUAGAGACUGGAGUCAGGGACGGGGACGAGGUGUCGGCACAUUAUGACCCCAUGAUCGCCAAGCUUGUGGUGUGGGGAGAAGACCGUUCGGCUGCCUUAAAGAAGCUGCGGUACUGUUUACGACAGUACAAUAUCGUGGGACUGAACACUAACAUCGACUUUUUGCUGAGCCUUUCGGGCCACCCAGAGUUCGAGGCUGGAAACGUGACCACCAGCUUCAUCCCUCAGCACUACGCUGACCUCUUCCCGACUCCAAAGGCUCCCUCCGGGGAAACGAUCUGCCAGGCGGCCCUGGGCCUGGUGCUGCAGGAGAGGAAACGCACACAGGAGUUCGCACAGACCUCCACUGACCCAUUCUCGCCGUUUGGCUCCAGCAGCGGCUGGAGAAGCAAUAUUCAGUUUAACAGAAACAUGACGCUGCAGCUGGGAGACAAAAAAGUUAAUGUGGUCAUCGUGUACAACAAAGAUGGAAGCUACACAAUGCAGGUUGGCGAGGAGCUGUAUCAUGUGACUGGGGAGGUGGAGAUGGAAGCUGGAGCAUCAUUCCUGCACUGCUCCGUCAACGGCGUGAAGUCUCGUCCCAAACUGGUGAUCCUGGACAACACAGUGCAUCUGUUCUCCAUGGAGGGAAGCUCCCAGGUGUCUGUUCCAGUGCCUAAGUAUCUGGCUGGUGUGAGCGGCUCAGGGGCUCAGGGUGGAGCCGUGGCCCCCAUGACCGGAACCAUAGAGAAGGUGAUGGUCAAGGCUGGAGACAAAGUGGUUGUUGGAGACCCGCUCAUGGUCAUGAACGCCAUGAAGAUGGAGCACACAAUCCGGGCACCCAAGUCUGGUGUGAUCAAGAGGGUUUUCUUCAGCGAGGGCUCUCAGGCCAAUCGCCAUGCUCCGCUGGUCGAACUGGAAGAGGAGGCGGAGGAGGGGGGGGGAGGGGGCCAGCCAGUAGACACACUCACACACCCAUGAAUGCACACUGACAGGUAGGAGAGGGCCAGAACUGUUACUGUAACAGCUGGAGGGAAAGUGAACAGCUUUGGUGUCCAGCACUUGAUUAAUAAUUCAAAGAUGUGCGCUAGGAAGGACCUGAAUCAUCAGUUGGAGGUGAGUCUGCUUCAGCCUGGAGUGGAUUAGACAAAUACUGUGACCCUGGCGACCCAGUGUGCAUACAGUAAGGUCAGAAACUAUUACCUGAAAUGUUCCUGGGUUUGACUUGUGUGAUAGCUAGUGGGUAAAUGCUACAAUAAUGUACAGUUGCCUUAUACACAUCACAAUAUUACCUUCUGUUUGUUUCUGCUUUUCUUUAUUUUCUGUUUAUGUUUGUAUCUGUAAAUCUCUGCUAACUGCUGUUGGUAUUUUUCCUCAAAGUCUUCUCUUUGUGUUUCUGUCAGUGGUGAUGGUGAUUGUUUGAAGGGAUAGUUCCAUUUUUUUAAAGACUGGUUGUAUCAGGUACUUCAGCACACCCCAGUUUGGAGAAGCAGGCAGGAGUACUGCUGCAGCAGCCAAAUGUAUUUAAGAAAAAUCAUUAGUAUGGGGAACUUAAGCUGUUUAUCUAUCUGCUCUCUUCAAAGCUACCAGACUCCUUUGACAAAAUCAGUAAUUUUACCUCGCAGAACAUGGGAGUUGCUGGUCUACUGCUGCCUUGAUACGUUAGUUGGUUUGGUUGACUAAAAAAGUCCCACAAUAACACUUAACUAACUAACUAAUCGGGGCAGCAGUAGACCAGCAAAUACUAUAAAAUUACUAUUUUUGUUAAAGGACUCUGGUGGCUCUAAAAAGAGUAUCCCAUAGCGAAGGGUAAAGAGAGAGAAAAUAUUCUAAAUAUAGCAUAGAUAUGAACCAAUAUUGUUUAUUUAGGUAGCUACAAUACAUUUUUGCUGCUGCCCAGGUUCACAGCAGUAUAUUGCUUAGCUUCUGUGUUGGUGUUGCAUGUUGUUUGUCAUCCACUGGAGGCAUUACACUGAAGUGCCUCAUACAACCCUACUUAAAUAAAAAAAUCAAACUAAGUCAGGUAAUCUCUUGUCUAGCAGAGUUUAAUGCACUUACUGAUGAGGUUGACAGCUGAGUGUCCUAUCUAUGCACACACUAUGUAGGCUAUUUCCUUUUCUCUUCUAGAAAAUUAAAUUAAAGUGUGUUAACAAAUCUGGGGCAGAACAUAAGUACUGUACUGUGUACUGUGAUAGCAAGUGUAAAAUAGGACAACAUUCUUGCAGAAUUAUGCUGAGGUGGGUUAAAGGAAUUGUUACUGAUUGAAUACCAUCAACUUGUUAUGCUUUCUAACUAGUUUGUCUGCGGGGAAAAAUAGCAUAAAGUUAUUGUCACUGUCCAUUAAGAACCAUGUAUCUCAGAGUGUUCCAUUAUCUGACUCAAUCAUAUGAUCCUUUAUACGUUUAGAAAACUGUCCUAUCACUUGUAAAUAUCAUUAAACCUGCCAGUAUUUAAAAAUGCAUUGUAACUAGGCUGAAAGCAAUUGUUUUACUGAAGACAAUAAAGAAAUGCCACUUUGAAGCUACAUGGUUUCCACAGGACAGGGAUUUUAAAAGAAAGAAAGUCUGGAUGUGAACUAAUUCUGCUAUAAGCCUCUGUUGUUGUUGUUGAGAUUGUACCAUGGCACUAAGGACAAAGGCCUUUAAAAUUGGGAGGCAGAAAAACACUCCAGAAUUAUCAAAUGAUUCCUAAUUGUUCAGGUUUGAAUUGUCUCUGAUUUGAAAAUGACCCGUAAAGAAUGAUGUCAGUGACAGGGCUUUAAUGGAUCAUAUGAUUUUUGUCUGUGUAAAUCUGUCCUGACCUGUUUCUGCUGAUCACUAUCUUCUGACUAACUGGUGUGUUAUGAGGCCUUGUAGAUUAUAACUGAUAGACACCUGUGUUCAUUUUGUAGAUGUGUAAAAGAUGAUUUAAAAAAACAAACAUUUUUGAAUGAUCAGAUACUGUAAUAAAAAUGUUUCUAAAGUA